UAGAUAUAUAAAAAUUGAGAGUGUCGAUAUUUAAAUAAAAAAUAUGAAUUUUAUUAAAAAAGCAUUGUUGAAUUUGACAUGCAUUAUGUUGUUAACAAACGGUAUUAGUAGCGAAACAUCCACGAAGUCUAACCAACCCUCCAGCCCCACCAAAACUGAAGCAUCCACAGAGACAUCCACCACCGAAGAAAUAGAAGAGGAUGAACUGGAUUAUGAUGAUCACGAUGCAAUAGGAAAAAAAUCAAAGCCACUGUUAGAAAAAGACGAAUUUGCAAAUCCCCAAUUACAAAAACUAACUCCUAAUUCAUUAAAAUAUUUUUUAACGAUUACAAUUCCUAUAGCACUUGUUUUAGUAAUCUUAUUAUCUACCUUUUGGUACAUUAUUCAUGGCCCGAACUGCUGUUUUGGAAAGUUUAAUGAAGUAAACUAUAGAGUCCAAGUGACUGAAUCCGAGGCUAUUAAUCGGAGACUUGAAGAAUUAUUAACGCCAAUUUAA